UUAAAAAAAAAAAAACAACCGAUGCGAUAAUUCUUCAUAAGCUACUCGUAUUACAUUUAUGGUUAAUUAUUUUUCGAUAUAAUUAGGUAUCCAAUACCCAUAUCAAUGAGUUACUGACCAGAUUAACAUUUGAGUGAAAAUACCAGCAGUUUCAAGAGGAAAUAGGUAUCUACACGUACUGUGGGACUAUCAACUACGCAUUCAUUUUUUUUCAAUUCUCUUUUCGUCCUCACUUUUAAAGUCUGUUAAAAAUGGUACGUGCAGUUCUGUUCCUGUGUUUCACCUUGUUUUGUUGUGCAACAAGUGCGAAUACCAGUCAUGUAACAAAGGAAGCUGGAACAAAAAUGUCAACAACGUCAAUUAUAGCUGUGGACACCACAUAUCCUACAUCAACUCCUAUUCUUCAAGAAAAUCUGAUCGAUACUUCUAUUCAAGAGACUCCAUCCUCGGACCAGAACGCGAAUGACGAAAUCGAGAAAAAAAUUAUCAAUGCUUUCACCGAAUUUUCAUCAAACUGCAAUGUUUACAACCGAAUGGAGCUUUCGUUGAAAAAUUUCACAUUCCCGAAAAAAUCAGUAAACUGUGAUUUGGGAUUAGGAAUAAAUGCUUCACUUUACAACGUCGCUGUCGGAGAAUAUUUCGGAAAAUUUAAAUCAUAUUCUACUUUGAUUGGAUGCGAUUCUUCGAAAAAAGCCAAGGUUGAAGUGACACUACCGAGCCACAUUAGAAUUGUUGCAAAUGUUGAAAUUAUCGAAAAAACGUAUCCUUCAAAUGGAUUAAUUACUAUUCUUCUAAGGAACGGUUCUAUUUCAAAACAGUUCUUCUUCCAAGUGAAAAACUCCAAUCAUGAAGACAACAUAAUGCGAAAAAUUUCUUAUUCGAAUUCGAAAGUAUAUCUUGAUAAUAUAGACACAAAAUACCAAAAAUUGAUCUACAGCAAUUUAGAAGAAAUCCUCAGCGAAAUAGAAUCAUCCGUAGAACAACAUUUGGUCGAUCAAUUGAGCGCACAAUUGUCUGAAAAUAACAUCGAUGUCGGUCAAAGCUGCUCCAAAUUCGUCAACAUAGAAAACUACUCGAAGAAAAUCAAUUGGUCUUCUUCAAACAGCGAUUUCAAUCAUUUAUACGCAAUACCUAAUGUAUCUCUCGUAUCAUGGGAAGGAGUUAAUCUACGUAUAGGGCCUAUGGUAGUCAAGGGUAUUUCCCAAUUCAGUAGCAUCGAGCUGAGUAUUUUGGGCACUGAAUUAGCCAGUGCAGGGGAUAGUGGUCUUUUUUAUAGUACACCUAGAUACGACGAUCCCGAACAAAAAGAAAUGACGGUUCGAAUCAAAACAAGUGGUUUAAAAGGCAAACUGGACUGGAGUUAUAAUUCUAAACAAAGAUCGUUUCCUUUUUUCAUCGAUUCCGUUUUGUUUGAAAUCGAAAAAAACAAGACUUCUAAAUUCACACCAGUACAUUGGCCUUAUUCGCCUAGAAAAAGUUACAAUAAAUGGUAUAGUCGAAGUGAAGAGGAUACUGUGAAUGUGGAUGUGUUGCUGGGAAAUAUUAAAAUCGAAUCGCCUAGCUUUCGCGAAGAUAAGAAGGAAUUUGUGAACUUUGCUCUCUUGGAACAUCUGAAGAUGUUUGUAAAGGAUUCGUUGAAAAAUUCGUUGGCUAACAAGCUUAAAAAUAAUUCUUCUAUUGUAAGUUGUCGAUAAAAAUUUGUAAAUGUUUUCAGUUUCAUUUUGUAAUUAUUAUAUAGGGUACAACAAAUGCUUGCAAAUAUUUUCGCCUACCUAUGUGUAUAAUAAUUAAUUAGAUCAUAUUUCCACACACGUAUCCUAAGUGACCAGAAGAACUCGCACAUACCUACCUAUGCACGUAGGUACAUUACACAUUAGGUAUGCUCACGUAAACUUAUUAUUAGCAGUAAAUAGGAAUGAAUAUUUAGCCAAUUAAUGGAUUUUUAAUAAUAAACAAACGACGAUAAGAACCAUGUGUAAUUGUUCGAUGACUGUAUUCGCAAAUUCCGAUAGGUUAUUCUACGUAUAGUACACGAUUACUGAAUUUUAUGACGUGACGUUGAUUACGAAUGAAUAUCGCGAUAUGAAAUUCUGGACAACUUUGAUCGUUGUGUUAUUUUCUUUUCAUUUCGGUGGAAUAAAUGCCGACGAUGAAAACGUCGUUGAUUUUACCGAGUCUCCAGAACCUGAGGUCAUAUCAGAGGAAAGACCAACUAUGAAAACCAUAACCACUACGAAAACUAUCACCACAACAACUCAAACGCCGGAGCAAGAUUCUCUAGACAAUGUUUCCAUUCAAGAUUUAUUGUUAUCGGGAGUCGACGCUAAUGAAAAAAUUCACAAAAAAAUCAUAAAUCAACUGAAAGAUUUUUCCGCCAAUUUUCAAAACAACCGUCGACCAAUAAGACUCUCAACAAAAGGUUACGUAUUUCCAAAAACUCUCAUCAGGUACGAUUUGGGUGAAGGCCAGAUCACCUUUUGGAAUAUAAGUGUGUCUGAUUGGAGCAGUCAUGAUUCGGAAUUCGACUAUUCCUUAACCUGUUAUUCAUCAACAACUGCAAAGUUACGAGUAGGAUUAUCAGCAAAUGUACAGAUUUCAGCAAAUUUUUCGAUAACUCAUCCAUUAGUUCAAUCAGAAAACGAAGGAGGAAUCACUAUAGUAAUCAGUAACGGAACAAUUUCCAAACAGAAUUACAUCGUUUCAAACGACGAAUUUUCUAAAAUUUCUUACACCCACUCAAAAAUUGAUAUAAAUUUCAACGCAGGACCACCGUCGUUAAUCUACAAUAAAUUAGAAACAUUUUUCGAUGAAGUGGAAUCCUCAUUGAGACAAUUUCUCGCCCAACAACUCGAUAGUCAGAUGGAAGAAAACGGCUCCUCUUUAACGGCUACUUGUUGGAGAUUUGACCACGCUGAACCUUACGCAAGGAAAAUUUCCUCCUUAUUUUUAAAUAGCUAUUUAAACAAUUUAUACGUAAUACCGACAGCAAAGAUCGAGACCUGGAAAGGAAUAACCAUAAGUGCAGGGCCUAUUGUAAUCGGUGGAUUUUCUUUCAAUAGCACUGAAUUUUCGGUCUCCAAAAAAUACGACCACAACUAUAAUGGUUUUAAACAACGAUUAAUCUCUCGUGUCAAAACUGGGUCACUGAAGGGUAAAUUUGAAUGGAGAUGCAAUCUUUGUGACAAUAAUGGAAACGAUUCGUCGUUAGUUUUCAAAUUUACUUUAGAUAAUAUUUUGUUUGAAGAAACAUUCAUAAGACGGGACUAUUAUGGCAGUUGGGAUAGAACAAUGGACGUAUAUCUUGGUAGAAUGAAAAUUAAACCAUCCGUGUCUACUUAUACGAGUAUCCAUGAGGUGAAAUUUGCAGAAUUCGUUUUAACUGAGUAUUUAAAAUCGGCUAUAGCGGAAACUUUCAAGAAAUCUUUGUCUGAAAUAACGGAUGAUUCAUGGAGAAGUUACAUUAAUUAUUAUUUCAAUAAUUAAUUUAUCAUGUACUUGGAUAAUUAUUAUUAGCAGGUAUACCUAUACUUGAAUUACCUGUCACUAUUUCAAUAAUUAAAUCUUGAAGAUUGAGUAAGACAUAAAUUAUUGAAUUUAAAUUAGACUACUUUGGAGCCUCCAGCUAGUUUUGUCGUAAUAAGCAGGAAGCACCAACCAAAGGUAGUUACAGGAGCUGAACUUCAUUUUUGGUUCUUUCAGAGUAAUUUAAAAUUUCUGUAGAUUUUAUUUCCACUAAUUUUUGAACCCUAACUGGUUCGUUUUUUUUUUUUUUAGUCAUUUACUUCAAUACAUAAAACACCAGAAACUCUAAUUUGAGUAAUUAAAUUUUACAAUGUUUAAUUUUCAUUUUUACACGAUGGAAAUACUUUCAACUGAAACAUACACGUGUAAAAUGUGAGAUAAGUAAAAUUAAUUUAUCUCUUAGAGCGACAAUUUUUUUCCUUUUCCUUCAAAAUUGAUAAAAUGUCAACUGCAUUCGCGAAUAUAAUCAGAACGGAUAUUGCUAUCAAAAAUUGAAAAUAUGUUUUUCUUCUGGUAAAUGAUUUUUUUUGUUACUCGUACUUAAUAGUGCAUUGUUUUUUCUUACAUUGUUGUUUAAUGGUGUUCAUUUUCUCAUUGUUUCGCGAAGUGUACGAAUUUAAUUCACAAAUACUUACCUACCUACAUCUGUGCGUUGGUUUAAAUUUGAAAAUAAUGAAAUUCAAAUUGUUUUCUUUGCUUAUCUUAUUUUUUGCAUUUUUGAGACGAAAUGAUUCAAAACCUUCAUACAUCGAGCAAAUGACAACGGAAUACACCGCAAGUACCGCAACGAAUAUCCCUCCUUCAGUACAUACGACGACGUCUACUCCUUCUCAAGAAAAUUAUCUCGAUAAUAUCUCAAUUCAGGAUGUUUUAUCAUCGGACAUAGACGCUAGUGAAAAAAUCGAGAAAAAAAUAAUCAACACUGUUACAGAAUAUUCGGCGAAUUGCCGUACUUAUAAGAAAAUAGAUAUUUCAAUAGAGGAUUUUUCAUUUCCACAAAAUUCUGUAACAAUUGAUUUGGAUAUAGCGAAUGCUACAUUUUAUCAUAUUGCGGCCAGAGAAUUCAGAGAAUUGACAGAAUCGUCAGAACACACGCGAUCGGAAAAACGAAAAUCAUACUCAACUUUAAUCGGAUGUGAUUCAUCGAGAAAUGCUAAAAUUGAAUUGAAAUUACCCAAUGAUAUAGAAAUUUCAGCAUAUCUGAGAGUAGUUGGAAAAACUAAUAAUGCUACAAAUGAAAUUAAUGCUAUAUCUGCUACACUUGGACUUAGUGAGGGAGACAUAAGUUUUAAACUGAAGAAUAACGCACUUUCCAAACAGUUUUCUAUGCAGACAAAUUCAACGAAUAUCGAAGACAACAUAAUAUCAAAGAUAUUGUACACAAAAUCUGAGGUUUCACUGAACAUCGACACAAAAUUUCAAAUGCUGAUUUACAACAAAUUACAGACGUUCUUCGAUAAAGUAGAAUUACCAAUUAGAGAGUUUUUAGUACAAAAAUUGAAUAACUAUUUGAAUAGCAAUGGAAUUUCUGUCUCAGACAGUUGCUCAAAAUUUGUAAACCCGGAUAAAAAUUCUAAAAAAAUUAAUUUACCAUUUUUAAACACAAAUCUCAAUCAUUUAUACGUAAUACCAGACGCAAAACUUGAUACAUGGAGAAAAGUUCCUCUCAGUGCAGGUCCUAUCGUAAUAGAUGGCUUGGCUGAUUUCAAUAGCACCGAAUUCAUUGCAACAGAAAGUGAAAUUUCAAGCCCAGAUUCUAAUGGGAAAUAUUACAGUACGCCUUCCCCAUACGAUGAUCCCGAAAUGAAAGAAAUUACAAUACGGAUAAAAACGAACGACUUGAAGGGAAAACUGGAUUGGAGUUAUAAUUUUAAAAAGAGAUCAUUUCCUUUCUCCGUUGAAUUUAUCCAGUUUGAAAUUAAGAAAACCAUAAGUUUUAGUUACGUUAGUGUUGAAAACAAUCACAAUAUGAAUACCUACAAUAGAUUUUACGACGAGCGCAGCACUUCAAGUUCACGCUAUAUUAAAUCAAAUCAAGAAAGAGUUGAUGUGAACGUAUACCUGGGAAACCUUCUAAUCAAAUCAACUAACUCUAAAAUUUGUGAAAACGAAAGUGAAUUUGUAAAUUUUGUUCUUUCUGAAUAUUUAAAAACUGUUAUCGCGAACUCAUUACAGAUUUUGUUGAAUAAAAAACUUCAAAAUGAAUCGCCAUUCGCGAAUUGCAACUAACAUAGAUAAGAUGCGCAAUGCGCAUGCGAUGUAAUACAUACUUACCUACCUAUUCCAUAUUAUUUUAAAAUCUUAUUUAAAUCUGUAAUAAAUUUGUUUAUAAAUAUUAAAUAUUUUAGAGAAGUAUUCACAUGUAAGUAGACUUAUUCAACGAGUAAGGAAAUGUACCAAAAAUAGCAAAUAUCAAUAAUUCUACUACCACUACCUAUCAAUUAAUAUUAUACCUUCUAUACUGUG